CGAUUCCCACAAACCACCCCACGACAUUCACAACUAACCAGCAGAAUGGGUGACGUUGAUGUAACCGCCAGCAACUGGAGACAGGUCGAGGUCGGCCGUGUCGUCCUUUUCUACUCCGGCCCAUACGCCGGCAGGACCGCUGCCAUCGUUCAGAUCAUCGACCACAAGCGCGUCCUUGUGGACGGCCCAUCUUCCAAGGCUGAACUCGCCGUCGCACGCCACGCCACUCCUCUUUCCGCCGUCUCCCUCACCAACAUCGUCAUUCCCAAGCUCCCAAGAGCUGCUGGAUCCGCCGCGCUGAAGAAGCAAUGGGACGCCGCUGGUGUGGAUGAGAAGUGGACUGGAAGCUCCUACGCGAAGAAGAUGGAGAAGGCAUCGCGGAGGAAGAAGUUGAACGAUUUCGAGCGCUUCAAGGUCAUGCGCUUGAGGAAGCAGGCUCGCUUCGAGGUCCGCAAGGCCAUCGCUCAGGCCAAGGCCAGCGCAUAAGUUACGACAAACCGGCGUUGUACUUCUGAAACCGUGCGAACAUUCAGACCUCGAAUACGUCGCAAAAGCAACAGGCUCAGGCGCAGGCGGUCGAGGGACGAUCGUUUGGCGAUUAGACUGGCGAAAUGGGGGUGAAAUAGCUCUCUUCGGGCUUUUGAUAGCGCUUCAAAUGCAUGGCCUGUGACAGGGCUUCAAGUUC